GGACUCAUUUCCUACCGGCUGCAAGUCUUUGUUGUUUACGCAACUCAAUGAGUAUACAUUUGAUUAAAGAUAUCUAACUUAAGCACUAAAAGAAAAGAAAAGAUCCACUUGCAAGCAUAAUCCACUAUAAUUAGCAGAAAUCUAGAGUUAAAUCAAUGUCUACCCACUACAUUUUGUAUUUUCUUGCAAAAAAAGUCAAAGAAAAUACAACAAAAUGAAUUGGAUGAGUCAAGCUUGUUUUGUUCCUACAUAAACGCUAAAAGGUCUCUUAAGGGAAAAAAAAAGUUAGUAUAGUGUAUUUACGUGCAAUUAUAGUCAAUCAUCUGACCAACUCCAGUUGUCCUUAACCUUCCAAAUUAUUGGGCAUCUUUGCUCACGUAUAUACAAUUUUACAGCUUACUGCCUUCUUAUGGCACUGAAAAAUAUAGAUUCUACAAGCGAGAUUAAUUAUUGUAUUAAGAAAAAUUAACGUAAGGUCCACUUGAUAUCAACGGGCUGUCCCUAUAUAUUGACAUAUGGUCUUUGAAGCUACUCAAGCUCAGUAAGAAAAAAGAUUGUAUUAGUCUAUAAGGAAUAAAGAAAAGUGAGUGCAAGAAUGUUGAUUAGAGCACUAAUAUUGUUGGUUCUAUGUGAGUGCAUGAUGUUAGAAGCACAGCUUCAAGUGGGAUUUUAUGAAAAUUCAUGUAGUAAGGCUGAGUUCAUAGUGAAACAAGAGGUUACAAAGGCCUUCUUUGAAGAUAGGGGAGUGGCUGCUAGCCUUGUUCGCAUGCAUUUCCAUGAUUGCUUCGUUAGGGGGUGUGAUGGAUCAGUCCUGAUCGAAUCGACUCCAUCAAACACAGCAGAGAAGGACUCACCAGUAAAUAAUCCGAGCCUUCGAGGUUUUGAAGUCAUUGACAGUGCAAAGGCGAGGUUGGAAUCCGUUUGUCCUGGAGUUGUUUCGUGUGCUGACAUAGUCACAUUUGCAGCCAGGGAUAGCGUAGAGUUAACUAGAGGAUUUGGCUAUGAAGUUCCAGCUGGUAGAAGAGAUGGCAGAAUUUCAUUAGCUUCCGAGACACGAAGUUUGCCGUCUCCUGCAUUCAACGUUGACCAGCUCACCCAAAAUUUCAAAGAUAUGGGACUCACUCAAGAAGAAAUGGUUACUCUAUCGGGAGCACACACCAUUGGUCGAUCUCACUGCGUGUCCUUCAGUAACAGAUUAUACAACUUCAACUCAACAAUGAGCCAGGAUCCUAGUCUUGAUCCUGCCUAUGCAGCCCAGUUGAAGCAGCUUUGUCCACAAGGUAGCAAGGAUGCAAAUUUGGUGGUGCCAAUGAACCCUGCAAGCCCAGCUAUCACUGAUGAAGGUUACUACACCGAUAUUCUGGCCAACAGGGGCUUGUUCACCUCCGAUCAAACUCUACUCACUAAUCCAACUACAGCUACCCAAGUAGCGCAAUAUGGCAGGAAUUCAUUCCUCUGGAAAACUAAAUUUGCUUUUGCAAUGGUGAAGAUGGGCCAGAUUGGUGUCUUGACAGACACUGCUGGUGAGAUCCGAGCUAACUGUAGAGUCAUCAACAGCUAAACAAAUGCUAUAUAUCUCUGUAUCCUAAGAGGGGACUGCUGCUUUCAAGCUGGAGCUUUCACAUUGCUGUAUUUCUUCAACCUAUUAGUACUGUGAAAAGCAUUAUUCAGGAACUAGAUUAUAUAUGUAAUGCUUUGCUGCCAUAUUAUGUCAUUUUGUAUCAUUUCCAGAAUAUCUUCAUGGAGAGAUGUAAGACAAAAGUGUUUGUGUUAGAUUCAUCACCUUUUUCUACCUACAAAAAGAUUGACAUUGCCAAGUACCUUUACUCGGUGCUUUCCAGGCAAAAUGGAAAUGCUAGAUGACCACCCCGCG